AUGACGAGCGAACAAUCGUUGGCAAGCGAUCUUCGGCUCCUCGUAUCAACAAUCCUGGGCACUGCCGUGUUCAUCACCUCCCUCUACAAAUACGAACACGGACGAUUCAUGUGGACAUCUGGAGGCCGCUUGCACAAUGUCGGAGCGCGUCAGACAGCACCCGGUCGUCAUUCUGACGGCCUGUGGGGCGCCUUCGCCGCCUUCUGCGAUUCACUUUUUGCGAAGAGAAUGGCUUCGAACGAGCGAACGAGCGAACGAACGAAGGACGGCCUCGGUGGGCCCUUCGGCCUUCGGCCUUUGGCGCGUCAAGCGCGAACGCUCGAACGUGAGUUCAUUGUCCGCCGCGUCGUCCGUUCGCUCGUUUUUGUUUUUCGCGAGCGACGUUUCGGGAAGCCGCCGCUAUGCUGCGAUGGGUUAGUCUCGUUGUCUCUGAUCUCGUCGCGCGAGACUGCCGGUGCCGCGGCUUUGUAUGAUUGCGGUUCUGCGUUCCUGUGCCCUGAGUGUCCUUAA